AUGCCUUCUUUCAUAGAGGCGCGGCCGCUCAUCAUCCGCAUCGCCAAAGGCACAUUCUACCGGCACCACCCAAACUCUGUCCCUGUCAGUGAUCUGUCAGGCGGUGCAAGUGGGAUUGCUCACCACAAUGCACCCUUGUUCUCUGAUCUAGACUUUGAGCUCCCUUCGGACGAUACGGCCCAUGGCGGUGGUGCAGGUCGCGGCCAUCUGACGCCUCACAACUGGUGCGUUGUGGGACCGUCUCUGUCCGGCAAGACAACCUUGCUCCAGGCCCUGCGAGGCCAGCACAUCUGCCUGCCUCCCACCGCACGGUCCUAUCCGUUCUUGGCGACGGACAGUGUGCCGCACCGUCUCAAGAGCGCCUCGCGUGCCAUCCGCUAUGUCGGCUUCGACGCCGACGGCAGUGGCUCCGGUCUCGGACCGGCGACGUCUGCGUACCUGUCUGCCCGGUAUGAGUCACGGCGAGAAACGACGGACUUCUCGCUUCGCGAUUUCCUCCUCGGUAAUACCGAGCUGAACCCGUACCACGGAGAGGGCAGUACGGCCGCCGGCGAGGAAGACGAACGCAUCCCUGCCAGUCUUCUCGACCGCGUCAUCAAAGACCUCCGGCUCGAACCCCUUCUCGAGCUGCCCGUUGCCUUUUUGUCCAAUGGCCAGGGCCGCCGGGCCCGGAUUGCACGUGCACUGCUGACCCGCCCGGCCGUCCUGCUGCUCGACGAACCAUUCAUGGGCCUCGACCCGCCCACGGUGGCAUCGCUGAGCCCGCUGCUGAGCGGUAUGGCUGCCAAGGCGCAGCCGCGCUUUGUUCUCAGCUCGCGCCCGCAAGAUCCUCUGCCGUCGUGGAUCAGCCACUUGAUCUACCUGCGCACCGACUGCCAAGUGGGCGCCAUGGGUCCGCGAGAUGUUGUGCUCGAGACCCUGCGCAACUAUGUGCACGGUGUGCGCAGCGGCAAGACGGCCGAGGACGAGAAACUGCCUGUGCACGCGCUCGGCGAGAUGGGCCGCAUUCUCACGCCGAGCGGCAUCGAAGGCAGAGGUUUCGACGACGCGAGCCACAGCACGCAUGCUUCGGCGGACGUGCCAAAGUCGACAUCGUCACAACCGAUAAAAGCCGCUCAGGGUGAGCCGAUUGUCGAGAUGAACGGCUGCGUCGUCAAGUAUGGUGACCGCAUUGCGCUCGGCAACUGGUCGCAACCGGUGGCCGAUGGCUCGACCGUUCCAGGCCUGAUCUGGACCGUCCGGCGUGGUGAGCGCUGGGGCGUGUUUGGUCCCAAUGGCUCCGGCAAGACCACCAUUGUCUCCCUGCUGUGCUCCGACCACCCUCAGACCUACUCGCUGCCCAUCCGCCUCUUUGGUCGCAGCCGCCUGCCCGAACCCGACCGUCCUGGACGGCCUCUGACCUUUUGGGACAUUCAGUCCCGCGUCGGCCACUCCAGCCCCGAAGUGCACCAGCACAUGCCGCGCGGCCUGACUGUGCGCCAGAUCGUGCAGAGCGCCUGGGCAGACACGUUCCGUGCCAGGCCGCAGCUGGCUCCCAACGCCCCUGGCAAAGUGGAUGCAUGUCUACGGUGGUUCGCGACGGAAUUGCAGCCCAGCAGCGGUGGUGGUGGUGGCAGCAGCGUCCCGGCGGCGAGCAAGAGCGAUGCCAAUGACUUGGCGUGGGCCGACAACUACUUGUUUGGCGAGCUGUCGUUUAGUGCACAGCGCGUGCUUCUCUUCAUCCGUGCCGUCGUCAAGAACCCCGACAUUGUCGUUCUUGACGAGGCCUUUAGCGGCAUGGACGAGAGCGUGCGGGACAAGUGCGAGCUCUUCCUCAACCACGGCGAGACGGCGACGUAUUCGGCGGACAACAAGAUCGUCAAGAGCGAGGCGGCCAAGCAGGGUAAGGUGCAGGUACACGGCUUGACGGACCAGCAGGCGCUGAUUUGUAUUGCACACGUCAAGGAGGAGGUGCCCGACUGUGUUCGGGAGUGGGUGUGCCUUCCAGAGGCGAACACCACGUCGGCGGCGCGCUUUGGCCGCUUGGAUGGUCCGCUGCGGACAGACCGACGGCGGUGGGACGAAAUCUGGGCACAGUAA